GUAAGGAAUGCAGGCCUUUGAUUCGAAAUUAUUGACUGAUUGGUUUGAUCAACACAUUUAUUCAGUCAUUGACAGCUAGUUGGAAGCUUAUUACGUUGGUAAUCUAUACAUAUCUCAUUGGAGUGUUUACUCCAUUGGAAAUUACAGACAACUGAUCGAGUUUCUCCAGUCGUUGACCCUUUACGCACUCAUAAUGCUCCCUUAGUACGCAGAAUACUUGGCCGGACUCUAACUACUACAAUAUAGCUGUCAGUUCGUGAUGAAAACUUUUGAUUCUUAACCAUAAAUCUUAACUCGACAUCAAGUCCUCAUAUUAGAUUACAACCCUCUUUUGACCUUGAUAAAUAGUUGCAGCUACUAUCUCUAGUUGGUAUGGCCGAUUAUUGGAAAAGUAACCCAAAGAAGUAUUGCGAAUUAUGCAAAUGUUGGAUGGCUGACAACAAAAUCAGCAUCCAAAAUCAUGAGAAUGGUAUGCGACAUAAAGCUAGUGUAGCUAAAAAAGUUAAUGAAUUGACCCGUAGCAAUAAGUGUGCUGAAAUGGAAAAGAAGAAUUUAGAGGCGUGCUUACAACAAAUAAACGAUAGUGCCCACUUAAGUAUGAUGAAAGAUCUAGAAAGAGACCCAUCAUUGGCAAAACAGUAUGGAAUCGUGCUAGCAAAGUCACCAUGUGAAGGAAAAUUGAACGAAGAGUCUUCUAGUAAAACAGGGAAAUCAGUUGCUGAUAAAUCUCGUCCUGAUCCAUCCAGUCAUGCAAAUAUUUGGAAGGAAUCAAUCACCCCAGAUGGCAAACAUUAUUAUUGGAAUGUGGCUACUCGUGUUACUCAGUGGACACGACCAGAUGGCAUUAUAGAGCCGGACCAACGACCAGUGAAAGAAGAAAAAACCAGACUAAAAGAAUUCGUCUUAAAUCGUCUUGUGGAGUUAAGCGAACAUGGAUCCAAAGGAGCCAAUGAGGCAGUACUACAAGUGUUUAAUGUACCUACAUCAGAUAUCGAGCCUAUCAUAGAAAAAAUAUCAGAUGGCACAUCCGAUAAGAAGCCGAAAACUGUGAACCUCCCAACACCUGUUCAAUUCCAAGGUCCACAAAUUGACUUACUUGGUCCGUGGGUUCCUUGUGAUGAUACUCCUAGGCCCAAAUUACCCAAGCUUGAUCUUCCUGAUGCCUCCAAUGAUGUUGGAAGCUUCGGAUCUCCAAAUUUAGAUGGAAAACUGGCUGUACUUGCACAGUUGGAAGCGACAACGGAAAAGUAUUACGAAAAUCCAACUCUCUUCAGUCCUAAAGACCAGGUAACUACACACAGUAGUUACGUAGCUGAAACCACUAAGCAAACCAAUAGUGAGGAUACUAAAGUACGACAGCCUAAUUCUAACACAACAGCUCGUAUUGUGUUCAAACGACGUCCUACGUCUAACCGAAGUAUACGUACUCCGCAAGAUGACGAGUAAACGUUCCUACUGCAGUUGUGUACAUAUAAUAUUUUUAUGGAUAAUAUAGUCAUUUUUCAGCGAAAAAAGAUGAAUUGUAUGUUUUUUUAUUGCAACAGAAGUCGGUAUCCUUCUAGGAUGAUAGUGUUAAUCGGUAAUUUAGACAGAAAGUAGAACCAAAAUACCAAAGAAAGGUCUCAGCGAUAUCGAUUCGAUCAACCACAUUACUAGCGAAAAACAUCUUAAC